AUGGUUAAGACGCUUUCCGUGUUUGCUGCCGCCCUUUUGGCGGCAGUGGUAGAAGCCAAUCCCUACCCGCCUCCUCACUCCAACCAGGCGUAUUCGCCUCCUGUCUAUCCCUCCCCAUGGAUGGACCCCAAGGCCCCAGGCUGGGAGCAAGCCUAUGCUCAGGCUAAGGAGUUUGUUUCGGGGUUGACUCUCAUGGAGAAGGUCAACCUCACCACCGGUGUUGGUUGGAUGGGUGAGAAGUGUGUUGGAAACGUUGGUACCGUCCCUCGUCUGGGCAUGCGAUCUCUUUGCAUGCAGGAUGGCCCUCUUGGUCUCCGAUUCAACAGGUACAACAGCGCUUUUGCUACUGGCUUGACCGCCGCCGCCAGCUGGAGCAGACACCUCUGGGUUGACCGUGGCACUGCUCUGGGCAGUGAGGCCAAGAACAAGGGUGUUGAUGUUCUUCUCGGACCCGUUGCUGGUCCUCUCGGCCGCAACCCCAACGGAGGUCGUAACGUCGAGGGCUUCGGAUCUGAUCCUUACCUGGCAGGUUUGGCUCUGGCCGAUACCGUCACUGGUAUCCAGAAUGCUGGUACCGUGGCCUGCGCCAAGCACUUCCUCCUCAACGAACAGGAGCAUUUCCGCCAGUCUGGAGAAGCUAAGGGCUACGGAUACCCCAUCUCCGAGUCUCUGUCAUCCAACGUUGACGACAAGACCAUUCACGAAGUCUACGGCUGGCCUUUCCAGGAUGCCGUCAAGGCUGGUGUUGGCUCCAUCAUGUGCUCGUACAACCAGGUCAACAACUCAUACGCUUGCCAGAACUCCAAGCUCCUCAACGGACUGCUCAAGGAUGAGUACGGUUUCCAAGGUUUCGUCAUGAGCGAUUGGCAGGCUCAGCACGCUGGUGUCUCCACGGCUGCUGCCGGUCUUGACAUGACCAUGCCUGGUGAUACCUCAUUCAACACUGGUGUCUCUUACUUUGGCAGCAACCUGACCCUUGCUGUCAUCAACGGCACCGUUCCCGAGUGGCGUAUUGACGACAUGGUGAUGCGUAUCAUGGCGCCCCUCUUCAAGGUUGGCAAGACUAUUGACAACCUCGUUGCCACCAACUUUGACUCUUGGACCGAUGGAGAGUAUGGCUACGUCCAGGCCGCCGUAAAGGAGAACUGGGAGAAGGUCAACUACGGUGUCGACGUUCGUGCCGACCACGCCCACCACAUUCGUGAGGCUGGUGCCAAGGGAACCGUUAUUCUCAAGAACAACGGCAUCCUGCCCCUCAACAAGCCCAAGUUCCUUACCAUUGUCGGUGAGGAUGCUGGCGCCAACCCUGCUGGUCCCAACGGCUGUGGUGACCGCGGCUGCGAUGAUGGCACUCUUGCCAUGGAGUGGGGUUCUGGUACCACCAACUUCCCCUACCUCGUCACCCCCGACACUGCUAUCCAGAACCAGGCUCUCCAGGAUGGAACUCGCUACGAGAGUCUCUUCAACAACUACGCCACGUCUCAGAUCCAGUCCCUUGUCAGCCAGCCCGAUGCCAUCGCCAUUGUCUUUGCCAAUGCUGACAGCGGUGAGGGUUACAUCAACGUCGACGGCAACGAGGGUGAUCGUAAGAACUUGACCCUCUGGAAGAACGGCGAUAACCUCAUCAAGACUGUUGCUGCCAACAACGCAAAGACCAUUGUCGUUGUUCACUCGACUGGCCCUGUCAUCCUGAAGGACUACGCCGUCCACCCCAACAUCUCUGCCAUCGUCUGGGCCGGUACUCCUGGCCAGGAGUCUGGUAACUCUCUUGUCGACAUUCUGUACGGAAAGCAGAGCCCCGGCCGUUCCGUCUUCACCUGGGGUCCUUCUCUGGAGAGCUAUGGUGUCGGUGUUAUGAUGACUCCCAACAACGGUAACAACGCUCCUCAGGAUGACUUCUCCGAGGGCGCCUUCAUUGACUACCGCUACUUCGACAAGGUGGCCCCCGGCAAGCCUCGCAGCUCUGACCAGGCUCCCACUUACGAGUUCGGCUUCGGACUGGGAUGGUCAACCUUCGAGUUCUCCAACCUCCACAUCCAGAAGAACAACGUUGGCCCGCUGAACCCGCCCACCGGUAAGACCAUUGCGGCUCCCUCCCUGGGCACUUUUAGCAAGAACCUCAAGGACUAUGCUUUCCCCAAGAACGUCCGCCGAAUCAAGGAGUUUAUCUACCCCUACCUGAGCUCCACCAGCUCUGGCAAGGAGGCAUCUGGCGACUCCCACUACGGCCAGACUGCCAAGCAGUUCCUCCCUGCUGGAGCCACCGACGGCAGCCCUCAGCGUCGCUCUCCCGCCUCUGGUGAGCCCGGCGGCAACCGCCAGCUGUUCGAUGUCGUCUACACCAUUACCGCCACCAUCACCAACACCGGCAAGGUCAUGGACGACGCUGUUCCUCAGCUGUACCUGAGCCACGGUGGCCCCAACGAGCCUCCCAAGGUUCUGCGUGGCUUUGACCGUAUUGAGCGCAUUGCUCCCGGCCAGAGCGUCACCUUCAAGGCUGACUUGACUCGCCGUGACAUUUCCAACUGGGACACUAAGACUCAGCAGUGGGUUGUCACCAAGUACCCCAAGACUGUCUACGUCGGCAGCUCGUCCCGAGACCUGCCCCUCAGCGCCCGCCUGCCAUGAGCGGCGGCGAGGGUAUAGUUAUGAUGUGAAUGUUUUUUCUUGUAUAAAUAGCAAAUAGUGUUAAUUCAGAUUAAUGAAACACACAUGAUACC